UCUGUCCGAAAAAGUAAAAUGGCGGAUUCAGUUGUGCAUGUGAGAUCCGGAUGAAAAAGAUUUGAAUGUUUUUAGUUGGUUAGUACCGACAUGGCGGACGGAUUUGGAGCAAUAACCUGGUGGGGAUUUAGUCCCGCUCUUGACUUGCAGGAGAACUGCCAAUGUAAGUGCAAAUUCAGCUACUUUGGCUAUGCUUACUGUGUUUUACCUGCUUUUACUCUGCACUUACCGUUGGUUAGCGUCUUCCAUUUUUUACGCGCGCUUUGCUACAUGUAGCUGCUAGCGGUGUGCGACAAACUCAGGCUGCAGACUUGCAGACUGGCAGGUAAACGAGGUAAGCAUUGUUGUGAAAUGCUUUAACAGAUUCUCUAUCCCUAAACUUUAAGUCUUCUAAAAGUCUAGUUUAGGGAUAGGGAAUCUGUUAAAGCAUUUCACAACAAUGUUUACCUCGUUUACAGAUGUACCUGCCAGUCUGCAGUCUGAGUCUGCGUUUGUCGCACGCUGACUAGCUACUAGACAGAAUUUUCCAGGUAUUGGAAUGUUUGUUUGCUUUUUUUUCGCAUUUUUUUCACAGAGCAUUAUUUUUUGUACACUUGAGGAGCCUUUUUCCUCCAAACAAGUAUUGUAGUGUGAAGUGAGCACUUUAAGAGGUAAACCUACAAUCGAAUAAGUGCAGCCUUUACAACGUACUGUUUACAAUUUAUUAUUUACAGUAUUGACAUCACAGUUGGAAAAGUUGAAGCUCUCUGAAGAGAAGAAAACUACAGAGCAAGGUAACAAUUUGGUAAUUUCCGCAUGUCACCUAUAAAAUAAGAGCCUCACUCUAAUCACUUAAGGGAAUGUGUGAUGGUAAUAACUUAAAUUAAAUCCGGUCAACAACUGCUAAACCUAGUCAAUCACUCGUAGCUGAAGUGGCCGUACUUUCCUAAUGGUUAUGGAACUCGUUUGGAAAAAAAAAAAAGAAAUAAACUUGUUCGAAGAAUGCAAACUGGUUUGAAAAUGAAUGAAGAUGAAAAUUAAACCACAACACAUACGUGUACUGAAAAUUUUCAGGUUUGCCAGGAUUGUAACCCUGACCUCUGCAAUACUGGUUAAUCAACGCUCUAAUCAAUUGAGCUAUCAAGCCAAUGGAGGUUUGUCAUGAAAUUGGUUCGUAACAUACUUGGGAAAGAUCAAGAUGAAAUGAUGAAUGUAUGAAUUUCAUAUAUUGGAACCAUGGAAUAAAGUAAUAAAUGCAAAGAAAAUCAUUGAAAUUAAUCAUUUUCUUCUUUCCUGUGUAUAUUAUGAACUAAUUUAACCCUUUAAGCCCUAAUAUCCACAUCCAAAUUUCUUUUUGCAACUGAAUAUUAUAAGUUGUGUCUGUUAUGGUGAUAAUCUUCUUUGCAUUUUUUUAAUUCAUUGAUUUCAAUAAGCAAAAUUCAUAUAUUCAUCAUUUCAUUUAUAAUUUUGUUUAGGAAAGUAUAACAUCCUUAUAAUUGGGGCUGGAGACUGUCGGCACAUUUUGAAGACCAUUGCACAUACCUGGAGGCAUUCUAAGAAAACAUUGAAUGUGAGUCUUGUUAGAGUAACAAUAGGGCCAUUUAUACGAGGAAAAAUAAGGCACGUCUUAAAUAAGAUGCCAACUGUUUGUACCAUUUAUACGAGCAUGUCUUAUCUAAUAAGACGCGUCUUAUUAGAUAAGACAUGCUCGUAUAAAUGGUACACACAGUUCACGUCUUAUUUAAGACGCGUCUUAGCUAAGGCGCGUCUUAUUUUAGACGAAAUGUGCCGUUUAUACGGAAAGUUUGCGUCUUAUUUAAGACCCGUCUUAUGUAAGACGCGUCUUAUUUUUCCUCAUAUAAAUGGCCCUAAUAAUAAUUUAAAAAAUGUUAUUAAGGAAAGUAAACUGAGGCUUGAUGGAUUAGUGUUUAAGGUUUAUUUAUUUCAAGUACAUUUGAAGUGGGGCUUAGUAGAGAGGGGAGGCUUAAUAGAGGAUAUACUGUAUGUGAGUACUGGCAACAUAUGCAGGAGGAACAUAGAAAGAUUGUUAUGUCACAGGAACAUUACUGUACUGGUCUUCCUAUGAUCGUGGUUAUCAGUAAGAUUUUCAAGUUGCUGGAUGUAAUAUGUAACAGGUUGAAAUUUUUAAGCCUAUGCCGAUUCUUAAUGUCCUUUACAUCUUCUUGCCCUAAUUAUUCAUGAAUACUAGGAAACAAAGGAAAUUGAGAAUCAACCUACAGUAUGUUAAAAAAUUUAACUUGAAUUUUUUGACCUGUAACAUAUAGAGUUAGUAGGCAGGGGAUGGAAGAGCUUGUCAGUUCUUUUGAUUUACCUUUCCUCUUGUUUUCUGAAAACUACAUAAUGUAGUAGAUGGGGUCUUGCUCAUAGUAGCUGGGGGAUUUCCCCAGCCACUGGUACUGAAUGACAGCCCUAUGUGCUGGACCGUUUGGUUUAGGGGGAAAAUGAUAAAUGCAUUCCUUGGUGAUUUGUUUAGAGAUACUGCAAGUAGAAAUGGCCAUGUAUCUUUACUUCCUGUACAUUUCUAACAUGUUAUACCGACUACACAUGUACAUGUAAAUGUUUGAAAAAGCAGUAAGUUCAGUGGAAAAGGCUGACUUUCCAAGGUCUAGAGUCAAAGCCAGGGUUUGCCUUAUUCAUUCUUAUCUUUAUUAUUGCAGAUAUAUGUUGUGGAGAAUAAUCUCGAGAUUUAUGGAAGAGACCUUCUUCUUCUUUCUAUUGCACUUGAACCCAAAGACAGAUUGGGUUUGCAAGGUUAGCUUUGAAGUGAUGUCAAUGAGGAAGAAAUGGUGGGAUGUGGAGGAAAUUUUUACACCCUUUGGAGACUGUGAGGCAGUUUUUAAGCAAACAAUAAUAAAGUAUUUAUGAACAUUGUUCCAUGAAAUUUACCUUAGUUAGCACUUUUCAUUUUUCAAAAUAGAGCAUGUUUUCUUUGAAACUUUAAACUGCAAUGUGUUCACUUAUAAAUGUAUACUCCUACAAGAUGUUUUUGAUGUAAUUUGUUAUUGUGUGUAGUUUCCAUUGCCUUUGAAUUUGAUUCUAUAAAAGAACUAAAAGUAAAAACAAUCUGCUGUCUAAUAGCAUGGGGCCAGGGUGACUUAUCAGUCCAGUGGAAUACAAAAUGUGGGUGCUGUAGGAGUGAUAAGUGCUAUAUUUAUGAAAGAUGUCUGUGUAUCCAAGUACUUAGUAUACAUGUAGAUACUAAAAUUAUACCAGAGAAUAAUGUUAAUAUUAUUGUUUUCCCAAUAAUUGCUAUUAAGCUUUAUUCAUGUUUGUAAUGUUUAGAAAAAACAGAGCUUUUCCUUGAGUUGUUUGGGAACAGCCUUGUGAGACCUCAAGCAAGUGAAUAUUUGCAGCAAAAAUCAAGUGAGUUCAUCAGGUAAAUAAAACAUGAAGUCUUUACUUUGUCAAACAAGCUUUACAAUAAAAUUAAUUGUACAUCUACAGUGUAUAUAUUUAAUAUAUACACUGUAGAUGUACAAUAUUUAUUAUGUUUGGGUGAGGUCUUAAUUUGAUAGUCUUUUUCCCCUUCAGGGUCUUGAAAUUGAGUUGAACUCAUCCCAACAUGCACAGUGUUUGGUCUUGUGCAUAUGUGCAUGUUGAGAAAAUUAUAUGUCCCAAGUAUGUUUCUUGAUCUGCUAAUGCAGCAUCCUGUACAUGAAUAUCAGUUUACACAGUAGAAGUUAUAUUCCAGAAGUGAAACUGCUUGCAAUCAGACAACCAGUACAGUUUGUACAAUAGUAGACUGUACAUUAAAUAACUUCUAACACUAACAAUAAGUACUAAGGAUUGGAAUUAGCGAACCAUGAGUGGGGUUGGAAAUGCACCAGCAACUAUGGUGUUAUGUAUUAAAAGUCCAGCACAGCAAAUUGACAGCAUCAACUUAUGAAGACCAGUAGUACACUGAUGAAAUGGCGUGAACAUUAAAAGUGAUUAUCAAUCAUGACACAAAUGAUGACACAGGCCCUGUCAUACAGAAGCCACGAUGAACAAUAUCUUAUUCGCCAACAUUGAUUUUUUAUUGUUAUGAAUAUAAUUAUCAUAAGAAUCCUUCAAAAACAUAACCUGAAAAAAUCUGUCUGCAACAAAGUUUGGAAGUCACACUAUCAAAAUGGAUGUUUUUCUUUUGUCUUCCAGAAUGAUAACAGACUCUGAUUACUUGGAGGCUUUCUUGCCUUUGGUUGAUUUUUCUCAGCUGAAGGUAACUAGUAUAACUAAUAAUGUUAUUAUUACGUGCCUGAUUGGCUUAUUUCUUGUAAUGCAAUAACAUUCAGAAAUAAUUCUGGUGUUCAUGGUUUUCCCGGUUUGACUUUAAGUUAUGGCUGUUUGUUGUCAUGUGGGUAACUUUCAAAGUAACUGAAAAGUACCAACUUUUUUGCUUGUAAAUUCACUGUUCAUCCUAAACAUUUUUUGGGUAUGCUUAUUCAGAGCUUUGAUAAAUACAGUGUAGUCUGUCAUUUUUAGUUUGUAAUAAAAAACUAACAGCACUUGUGCAAUUUUUGUAGUUCAAAGAGAGAGACCAACUGGAAAGUAUCUUUAAAUUCUGGAGGAAUACAGACCCCAAACUGUUUGACAUAUGCCAGCAUUGGUAAGCAUCAAUCUAACUGUAUAAAUUAAAUGAAAAUGAAGAAAUGAUCGUCGCAGUGAACGCAAUUUACGCAAUUGUAUAAAGAAGCCUGAAAAAAAUUCAGGACUUCAAUGGGGUUUGAACCUGUGUAUAAAUUAAGUUGAACUUUGACAAUUAUUUAAAAAAAAAAUCUUUUUUGAGACGUAUCAAAAUUUCUAUACAUUUUGGUAGUUAAAUUGUUUCCUAGUUUUUGUGAUAGUGAUGACUUAAAAAAGAAUGAGUGUGGCUAUCUGUCGCUAGGGAAGUGCUGAAUUAAGUAGUUGAGUUGCUUUCAUAACAGAUCCCAUGUUCUAUUUGAUAUAUUUUCUAUCAUUUUUCCUAGGGAAGAGAGGUUAAGGCAGUACUUUACAACUCGUUAUGACUCAAGACACAACAUCUUUGACUGGGAUUACAACAUGAAACUGUCCAAAAAGGUAAACAUUUGUUGUUUAUUGGUUAAGACAAACUAUUAAGUGGCAAACUGAUCUUUGUGGUAUCAAAUAAUAUUAUUCUUGUUUCGGUUCAUUUUGCCAUCAUUCCCAUUUCCAUCUUAACUUUAAGGCAGAGAUGCUAACCUCUGGAGAUCUUAAGUCUGUAGACUCUAUCUCUUGCACUACCCCUCCACCUUAAUGUCAACAAACCCCCACCCCACAAAAUGACCCAGCCCCCAAAUUAUGACACUCAUGGGAAUGGUUUUGGUCAUUAUAUGAGGUCUUACAUAAAGUACAUACCAUCAAAAUUAGCAUUCAUCGUUGUAAUGAUGAAACAGUCUUUGUCAGUGCAGACUAAAUAUGAGCGAAAAUGCUCCAGAAACUGCACUUUUUUGGAAAAAAUGGGCAAAAUUUGAAACUAAGUCACAGAAAUACUAAAAAAAAAAACAAUUUUAGUGGCAUUGUUUUUUAUUUUAUUACUUCGUGUGUUAUUAUUGAUAGCGCACUGAUUUGAAAUUUAUUGUUUUAAUUUUCUUUCAUACAGGCCUCGAUUAUUAAUAGUCAUGAAUAUAAGAGCUGGCGGGAACAGGGUGUGGCAUUUGAACUGCGUAGUGACUCCACAUAUGAAGUAUCAAACAGAUCGUUGGCUUCAGGUCUUAUUAUUAAAAAGGUAACGUGAAGAUACAAACUUUAAACAGCUUCGGUAUCUCAAAAUGCCUGAAACCAUUACUGAAAAGGAAAGAUUGAUUUUAGUUUGGGAAUGGCCGGAGGCUAUCAGUAGGGUGUUGUAACCCCUAGUUUGCUCUUUGAAAACAGUACAAAUUACAAAAUAUUUUGUAAAAUACUGACAAGCAAACAGCAGUUUUCAAAGUAUGAUGCUAUGAAGAUUGGAGAUCAAAAUAAAGACCCAGCCAACCCAAAAGUGAUAAACCAUUUUCAGAGAUUUGUGAAAAAUGUUCCACUAUCUUCUUUUCAUUCCAAUCAUUUUCUUUUUCUAUUUUGCCAUGACAAUAGACAGCCACGAGACUGUGAAAGCAGGUUUUACUUCUUUGACACUUGACUGAUGUUUGAAUGGUUUUUAUGUUAGGAUGGUGAGCGGUUCGCCCGCCGUGGUUACUGGGGUGACAUUAUCAACAGUCCCUAUCUAGCAUUCGGCAUUGAGAGCGAGGAAGAGUCGCUCUUUAAAACCUCUAAUGGCCAACAUGUUAAAGUAAGUAUUUUGGUAAAAAUUGAUAUAUAUUUUGUGUGAAGUUUUCACUGGAAAAAGUUGUUGAUCCACAUGUACAGGCACCGUCAUUCAUGCUUCUUCACUUUUUUCAGGCUUAAAGAACGACAAAUAAACAUCGGGCGAAUCAACUUACGUCCGGGCUAAACGACCUGUUACCCGUUGGGGAGGCACUUUCUCUCUUCCCAUCGUGCCCUGUACGCUUACCUCUUGUCAAAAUUGUACUACCGUAAAAUUCCGAAAAUAAGCCCCUCCAUGUAUAAGCGCCUCCCAAAAUCGUAACGCAAAAAACCCUCCGUUAAAUCGCCCCUCCGAAUAUAAGGCCCCUGGGGGGCUUGUACUUGGAAUUUGCCCUCGAAUACAAAGUAAAACAAAGCAAAAAUGGUAAAUUUCCUUCCCACUACAAACUAGCCCAAUUGAUUUUAAAACGCAGAUUUCCCUCCAUUGACAAGCCCCUCCGAAUAUAAGCCCCUCAAAAAGGGCCUUUGAAAAAUAUAAGCCCCGGGGCUUAUUUUCGGAAUUUUACGGUAUUUUAUCGUACCAUACAAUCAUCCAACAAAGCCAGACACGAACUUUCCAAUUCCAGUUUAUAGAAGUCUUUUUUACAUCCAGUUGAUCUUCAAAAUCUCCCUUUUUAAAACUGGUUUGUUUGUUCACUGUCAAGUUCUUUGUCGAACAGCGGGAAUGGCAACGAGUCACUUUGAUCCUAUCUAAAGACUGUUCCUUAGAAUGGUCUUACCAACUGAAAUUUAUGCAGAGAACUAUCUCAGUGCCACAAUUUUGUCUGAAUUUUUUUUUUCAUAUUUAGACAGCAACUCAUGUAUCCGAAUUUAAUGUGACAGCGCUUAUGCAUGAAAUAAUUACGGGGCAGAAGUACGUUCUGCCAAAAACUGGCGAGAAGAAAAAGGAAAAGAAAGGAAAAGCAACUCUGGAAGAAGUCACGGAGGAGGAAAAAGAGCCGGAAGAGAGAGAAGAGGUGAAGGAAAAGGAAGAUAUAAUUCCUCAGUCGAGAGGUAAGUGAGGGCGGCACAAAGGAAAAACACAACUAAAAACAAACCGAGGAAAAAUAUCGAUGCUGGUUUGCACGUGACGUCACGGCGGCCAUGUUGGAAGACAAGAACAAAAGCAUUUCUCAACUCUGAGAACUUAACUCUAUUUCAUGUAAUUUCUUCAAGAAAAAUUAUGUUGUAUUGUCAUCCAACAUGGCCGCCUUGUCACGUGGUUGCAAAUCAAGAAUAAACAGAGCACUUACAGCACAAUUAAAUCUAGUUAAUUGAGCCCAAAACAAGAAGCUGUCCACUAACUGUCCUUUUGUCUUCCUCUUGUUAACUAAACUGACUAAAGAUGAUCUUGACUCUCAUGUAUUGACUUAUUUCCACUUUGCUACUCUUCCUUUUCUCUGCAAGUCUCUUUAACAGACUCAUCCGCGAGCACUUACGCUUAGGGUAUUUCUGGAUUUUAGCUUGCUAUAAUUACUGCGUGGUAAAACUUCUUCUGCAUUAUUUUCGCGGUUUUCCCGGCUGAUUUGCUUGACUCUCUCCUCAGAUAUUUUGUCUACUAAUAGUAAAAAUCAUUAUCUCUUUGGUAGUGCUCAUUAGAGCACAUGUUUUGAAGGGAAAUUGUGGAUAGUCGCAGCUUUCUCCUGACUGCGCGUAGUCUCUUAUUUCAGUUUCUUUAGCGUCAAAGCAAAUCUAGAGGACGUGUAAAGGGCGACAGGCGGAACCCAAUAAUUUGCAUAGUUUUAUUUUUUGCUCGUCGCGCGUGUCUCUGUGGAAAGAAGGAUGACCACUCGCGCUCUAAGCUUUCUGCCCUUAACACUAUCAUUAACAAACAACAAGAAAAAACUUGCUAAUGAAUCCUUUACCGUAAUUGUGGGAAGAGAGUAAAAUCCCAACCUCGCCAAGAACCAAUCAAGAUUGCAGGUUUCGUUACCGUGUCCUCCUAAAAAAGAAAAUAAUUUAAUUUCUAUAUUUCGCAGAUUAUAUGAAGUGCCCCGGUGUUAAAGUCCAUUUCCUUCCCAUAAAUUCUGUUCCUGACCUGCCAAAGAAAAGCAAGUACAACAAAUUGUUUGACAUCAUUUACUUUUCAAACAGGUACGUGAACACGUGAUUGCUUUAUCGAGUUUUUGCCAUAUGUAGUUUGGAGGUGUCAAGCUCGCGCUAGUGUCACAUGACCCUAUCUGUAAUUUUAUUGGGAAAUGUGCUAUUAGAUGCGGUCACAUUAGCGAUUUUACCCAUGGGAAAGUGCUGUUGCCCAUGGGAAAGCAACUUUCUGUGUGAGACCGAUUUCCCUAAGGUGAAAUGGCCCUUAUGCGUGAUUAUGUCAGACAAGCAAAUUUCACCACCAAAGUUAGUUUGUAAGCAAAAUUCUUUUCUGUGCUGCCUCAUGAUUUCAUUUAUGUAAAACUUCACAACUUCAUAUUUUGAAAACGAGACUUGGUAGAGAAAUUUUCACGUCUGACGUAAACAUGCAUAAGGGCUGUUGCCUCGGGGAAGUUUCCAUGGAUAAGUAAAAAAGAACAAAGGAAAUCUCCAUGACAGUUCCCGGGGUUAGUUCUAAAGCGGUUCAACCAACCACGAGAAAGUGAAAAUUACCAAGCAGUAGAAAUCACGUGUUGUUUACGUUCUGUGUUCGUCAUGGCGCCAAAUCCUACGCGAAAACUAAACUCAAAGUUCGAGAAUUCAGCAGGAUUUUGAACACUGCUGCAAACGUUUUUCAGGUUUUUACGUUACAUAAAUUCAAAGCACCUUGAUACACUCGCAAGUUUUCUUUAAAUCAGUGUUCAAGAAUUCUUUUCAAGUCGUCGUUGAAACCGUACAUUUGACUUCUAAGCGAGAAUGGGUUAGAAUUUGUUUUUCUUUUAGGCGCGAAUGAAUUCGACCUCUUCCUUUUGAGUUUCUAAGAAGGGCUGAAGCUCUCUUGCCAAGCUUAAUUGAUGUGGCGGUUUUAUUGAAAGGGUAAAAAUUGGCGAAACCGUUUACGAUUUAUGUCAGCCUUUAAUGUUUACCACAACGUUCCAGGCGAAACCUGAUUCAAUUGACCUCAAUUGCUUUCUUCCCCUUCUGCAAUUAAUGGCUGUGUGACUGCAAACAUGAAAUUGUUCAAAACCCAGAGUGAACCCAAUCUAAGCUAUUUCCCCGUCUAGUGUAACCGAACCUACUAUAUUUUUCCUUAUUUCAUAAAAUGGAGCUUCAGAGUCGAAAGCUGGCGCAGCCGAAACUUUUUAACAAUUAUUCCUCGAGUCCGAAUGGGCUCUGAGUCAAUAGCCCAUUCGGCCUUCGGCCUCAUGGGCUAUUGAGUCUGAGGCCAGGACGGCGAGAGGAAUAGUUGGUCGAGAAUAAAAAAAAUUUAGCUAGUUAAAGCUAGACUUUAAUCCUUUUUUGCCGCCACAAAGCCCGCGCUUUUCGUUACUAGUGGGCUACAACAUAUAGCCUAGUAGUAGCUCAACCAAUCAGAACGCAGCAUUUAUAAUAGACCACUAGUUGGAUUUUACUAAUAUUAUAUACACCUAAUUGCAAUAACGUUGUCAUAGAAAAAAGCAAAAAGCAAAAAGCCAAAUAGGAAUUAAUUAGCCAUGUGAUUUACAUUUGCGUAUUUUAAUAAUAUAACAAUUAUUUAAGAAGUUAGUCACAAUAACAAGAAAUAAUUCUGUAAUUCCGCGCUGUAAGAUUCCGCAGAUGAAACACUGAUGUGUGUAACAAAAGGGUCCUGACAAACGAAGCUUAGUUUGUGGCGCGGGAGAGGGACUGGCUGAGGAACGCCUCACCCUCUCCGCGAUGGAAAGUCCUGCGUACGCCCCUGAUUUGUUGCUUGAAAAUUGUGAUCUGAUGGUGUGGUGCACUACAAACCAUACGCAGACUGGCUUUUCUAUUUAGCAUUAAACGGAAAGACGCGUCGCGUUCCUGGAAUUUACCCUAGGCUAUAUUUAUUGAAAAAAAAAAUGGAGCCAUUUUUUCUUUAGUAGUUAUCCGAUGUACGUUUGUAAUUAGAGCACGUUUGAAAUCCGCUAGAUGAAUCAGCCUCGAAUUGCAUUAGACUGACACCAAGAAACUGAUGCAAAUGAUUUCUCUCAUGUUACGUGAUUAAUAUUCAGCUAUAAGCGUGUGUGUUGGGAAUGUUGCAAGCAAUGAUAAUUAAAUACUAAUUAAUUCCUAUUUGGCUUUUUGCCUUUUGCUUUUUGCUUUUUGCUUUUUUCUAUGACAACCUUAUUGCAAAUAGGUGUAUACAGAGCUGGACACUAAAUUUGAAGUAGAGUGACAAAAAACUAAAGACAAAGAUUUACACGGUUGUUUUAAAAUUAAUUCAAUGUUUCGGACCUCAGUACACACGAGGGUAAAAUUAUUUAGAAUUAAGAAAUGAUCUGAAGGAAAACAAAAAUUACUUCGAGUAAGCGGGAGGUUCGAGUUAUCGAGGGUUCGAGUUACGGAGGCCACCAUGCAGGAAAUCCACGGUAAAUCGACUUUGGUUCAAGUUAGUUCGACGUUCUAGCUAUCGGAAGUCAACCGUAUUUAUUAUUAUAUUAAUUGAUUUAAUCGCAAACAGCAGUGUCUGUGAUAAACAUUGUGAGCGUUCGCAUUGUUGUACAAACUUGACGUUUCGUGUGUUAGCCAAUAUCAUUUUCAAAAGUGAUCUUAAGUGACCGUGACAGGUUAUGACGAGACUAUUUAUACAAAAAUGUUCAAAGGAUCUGAAAAUGAGAUUAAAGUUCCAAUGUUUAUCAACGCUGAUUGUGUUUUAUUUUUUAUUAAACCACUAUGGGUCAAUAACAAGUCUUUAAUUAAUUUAUUUAUGGAUUUUUUUAUUUAUUAAUUGUAGUAUGGUCCAUUUAUUGACUCCGGAAGUAAAAGAAAUCUUUGCUGAUGAAGCUAUUGUUAUUGCUGAAACAACCAAGUAAGUUUCCAUAUUUGGAUCUUUCCAGCUGCUAGAUAUUCAGCUUUUGAAACCCUACAAAAUCGCACGACGUCUUAAUUGAGCACCUGGUUUGAUUCGGAGGUGUAAAAUGUGGAGAAGAGCACCACUCUCAGUGUCUGUGGGUGAUAAGAAUGAUGUUUUCUCAGUUGGUGACAUGGGGUGACAGAAACAAGAAAAUUAGGGCCUAGUUACAUGGAGGUGGGGGACCUUAGGUAGGUGAGGUAACAUGCGGCAGGUCACCCCACCAUUACUUAGCAACCAGAAGCGCCAUGCUACGCAGGCUAAUAUGGACAGACGGGUACCCCACCUAAGCGGGUUACCUCACCUAUCUAGGGUCCCCCACCUCCAAGUAAAAGUUGAGAUUAUUGUUACUAGGAUUUAUUUCCUAUAGACCCUUUCUUAUGCUAGCCUAAUUUCGUUUGUGGUUUGUUGUCAACACGGUCGUAGAUUAAAUCGGGUCUGCGUGGGAUGCUAGUUCAUCACAGGGUUCCCACCUCGGGAAAACCGGUCGUUUGGAUACAAAGUUUUUGCGAUACAAGUCGUUUCGAUACUAACCUGAGAUCAGGCUCUAUUUUCGUUUCGCUUUGAAAAUUACAUUCCGGCGGGCAAGGCGAAACGAAAAGAGAGGCCCAAUUUUAGCGACAGCCGUUAGAGACAAUGUAUGAGAACCGCUAAAAUCGGGCCUGAUCUCAGGUUAUUUCGAUACAAACUUAAGCAGUGAAACUGCUCAACAAUUUCAAAUACUUAAAGUUAUAGUUAGCGCGUGGACAAACUUUUGGCGUCAAUGUGCCCCGUUGUAUAGGCUAACUACGAAAAACUAUUUGUACCUCGACUGAAUCAACUUGUAAACGAGACGACUUUGUAUAAUGUUACGUGUCGUGUUUAAUUUUCAAGGUUCAUGUUGGACCUGAAACUGGAACAAAUGCAAGAAUAUCUGAAAAAGAUAACAUCCAUGGCUCAAAGCGCUGGAUGCAAGGUUGGUGUAAAAUUUAAAAAUAGAUUUUUAAACUCCAACUUAUUACUGAGCUGACGUCACAUUUGACGGUUAUCUCAGUCCAGACUGCAAGCAUACUGUAUAAUUGCUACGCGAAUAAUAUUUACUGUAGCGGACGCCAUUUUGACGCACUUAUCUGUAUCGAAAAUGAAGUGGUCUCUUUCAUUAUCCCUAGAAAAAUAACCAACUACCUAGAAAAAUAACAACUACCCUACAAUAGGUUAGGCAAGGUGUCACAGACUUUUCAUGCGUAUUUUCCAGUUUUGGUUCAAGUCUUGUGGUUAUCUGCCUCCGCCCUCGAAACAUCCCGUCGCUCGCCAAAAAAUAAUCUCUGCUACGUAGGGUAUUAGAAAACCUCUGCAAGAGAGAAUAGAAGCAGCCGAUUUAGUUGCUGACGGUAUUUUGCACGGUUACAAUGUUCUUGUCUCAUCACGGCUGAUACCGCUUACAGUGGUGGUACUUCUAGGAAGGGUAAGACGUGUUCCUCGCGCGCCGCAAAAAGUGACUACCUUCACUGCUCUGAGAGAAGCCCUGAUAAGCUAUACUAACAGGAACUUUCUGUGCGCAAUGCCGUGUGCCUAUAUUCUAUCGUGUUCGUGUUCCUUUGCAGACAACAGGUUCCGCAGAUGGAGAGAAAGAUGCUCACGCCUUCUUCACUUUCCAAAGAUAACAUUGCUUGUGGCGUUUAUUCUCCACCGAAGUUCCGCGUAAACAACCAUACACUAAUUUCCUGCACUUCUUCUACAUUCGUUGAAAUUCUCUAUAACGCAGAUAAUAUGUGUCCGCUGGUUUGGUGGUAUACGUUGGUAUUCUCUAUUUUCGUAUAUCCUCCAUAGUACACUCUGUUUGUCCCAGCUAUUUAUUUUUCAAAUUUUCAUAGAAAUUUCUGUGGACUCUUCUUGGCAUUCAUUGUGUUAUGCAUUGAAAUGAAAACUUUUCAUAGACGACUUGUGGUUAAGAAUGUCCUAAAAUUUCUGGUCAUACGAGUGGCCUGCCUUGCAACAAAAUUUCUAUUAAGUCAACUAUCUAAGACGGACACAGUCGGGACGGAACCAAACUCUUCGUAUUAAUUAAAGAGAGAGAGAGAGGUAAAGUUAGAGGUAAAAUGUCCGUUGAAAACGAAAAGAAAGGGGCCAACUUAGCCUCUUUUUUAGGAGAAACUUUGAACUAUAUUCUUAAGACAAUUGAGCUGUGCUGAGAAUAGCCUGCCUGCAGUCAUGU